UUUUUGUGUGUGUCUGUGUGAAUCACUACGCAUGUUGCACUCUUUUCAGUGCUUUCUUUAGAGCAGGGUAGUGUAGUAGAAAUGUGCGAUUUCGGAUGUAGGAUGUUUCCUUAAAAAAAAAAAAAAAGUGCACGCGAUUCCUCGGCGCUAGGAUCCGGCGGCGCUCGCUCUCUCGCGCUCUCCCUCUCUCUCUCUCUCUCUCUCUCUCUCCCUCUCUCUCUCCCCCUUUUUUCUCCCGAGCCUGUUUGAAAGUCUCCGCCACACUUCGGCUACUUCCUGGAUGGCGGAAUGGAGAGCUUCCAGCGCCGCUGCUCUGACUCUGCCGUCUCUUGUGUCCUGGCGUGAAAGCGUCGCGCGCUUGACUCCGCGCGCUUCCUUGGCUUGGCCGCACGAGCCGCGAAAAUCUCGUGUCCACUCCAGCUUCCACGCGCGCCGUCAUGUUUUUACCUCAGGAGUAACGGUCUGAGGGGCUUUAAGAAAAGAGAAAGAAAGAGAGGAGGAGGAGAAGAAGAAGAAGAGGAGGAAGAAAAACUGUUUCCUGGACGAACUUAACAGAAAAUUCCUGCGAGUGAUUCGUGAAGCUUCCUCCUGGCGUAAAAAAAACAGUUACAGUUUGUUUUUUUUCGCCUUUGUUUGUUUGUUUGUUUGUUUUUAAACCGGACGUUUUUUAGGAUAACUCCAGUCAACAGUUGCUCCGUGGCCGGCUGUCGAUGUGCGCUGUGCCAUGCCGAGGCUUCAGCAACCGGGUCGCUGCUGCUGGAUUCUGGCUUUAACGCUGGCAGCCUGCGCGCUCCUCCGGGCCCACGCGCAUCCCGCGCUGUCCGGAGGCGAUCAGGUGGAACGGCAUGGCUGGGCGACCGGGGACAGACACCGCAGAGCUGCUGAGGAACCUUACUGGGCAUACUCAGGGGCAUAUGGACCAGAGACGGGAUGGGCGUCUGCUUAUCCAGAGUGCCAGGAGAGGAACCAAUCGCCAAUCAAUAUAGCCGACCAGGAUACCAGGGUCUCGAUGGAAUACCAGGAGCUCCUCCUGGACGGCUUUGAAGCAGAAUCGUCUAACAAGACGUCAAUGAAGAACACAGGCAAAACUGUGGCCAUCCUGCUGAAGGACGACUACUUUGUGCAAGGUGCGGGUCUGCCGGGUCGCUUUAAAGCUGAGAAGGUGGAGUUCCACUGGGGCCAGAGCAACGGUUCAGAUGGCUCAGAGCACAGCAUCAACGGCAGGAGGUUCCCCGUUGAGAUGCAGAUCUACAUGUACAACUCGGACGAUUUUGACAGCCUUAACGCAGCCAUCAGGGAGAAGCGGGUCAUCGCCGCUAUGGCCGUCUUCUUUCAGGUUGGACAGAAGGACAAUCCUGCGGUAGACCCUAUAAUCCACGGUCUGAGAGGAGUCGUGCAUCACGAGAAAGAGACAUUUCUGGAGCCUUUCGUUCUGAGGGACCUGUUGCCGUCCUCUAUUGGGAGUUAUUACCGGUAUGUUGGCUCUCUCACUACUCCACCCUGCAGUAAAGUAGUGGAGUGGAUCGUCUUCAGCCGGCCCGUCUUCCUGUCCUACAGACAGUUGGAGGCAUUCUACUCCAUCUUCACCACCGAGCAGCAGGACCAUGUGAAGUCAGUGGAAUACCUCCGGAAUAACGUCCGCCCACUGCAGAGUCUGGACAACCGGGAAGUGUACAAGUCCGCCGUCAAAGACGCCUGGCUGCCCUAUCUGACUGAUCCCUACGGCACUGAGUCCUCCAAAGCCUGCAGCAGCGCUCCCAUCAACAUGCAAGUUCAGCCUCUGAAUAAAACAGCCCUGGUGGUGCGAUGGUCCCGCCCCGAGAUCACCUACGACCCGCCCAUUGUCAGCUACCUCAUCUCCUACAGUUGGACCCGAAACGACGAGGAGUACGAGGAGACGUACGUCAAAGGCAGUGACCAAAAACUGGAGGCCGUUAUCAAGCCAGUUUCACCAGACGUGCUGUAUCUCUUCCGAGUCCAGGCUGUGUGCUUGAACGACAAACGCAGUGACUUCAGCCAGAGCAUGCUGUUCAGAGCAAAUACCACCAGAAUAUUCGAAGGGACGAGGAUAGUGAAAACAGGAAUGCCCACGGUGUCUCCCGCAUCCUCGGCCGACAUGGCUCCCAUUAGCUCCGGCUCAUCCACCUGGACCUCCUCGGGCCUGCCCUUUUCCUUCGUCUCCAUGGCGACUGGCAUAGGCCCCUCCUCCAGCGGUAGCCAGGCCACGGUGGCAUCCGUGGUAACCAGCACUCUCCUGGCAGGGCUGGGCUUCAGCGGCGGCGUCAUCUCCUCCUUCCCCAGCUCAGCUUGGCCCAGUCUCCGCCCCCCAACCCAAACACCACCCACCACAGCAGAACAGGCUCCGCCCACCCCAGAAAACUCCCAGAACCAAGGCUCAGAUGACAACGCCGGAGGAGAGAAGACCGUCAAGGCCGAAGGUGAGGAGGGUGAGAGGGACGGCGAGGAAGAGGAAGAAAAGGAUGAAGAAGAAGAUAAAGGAGCAGAGGGCAAAACAGUGAAGAACGCCCCAGAUGAUGUUCAGACGCAGGUGAAUAGUUCAGCAGACCAAGAGCCUCCCAAAACAGCGCCCGACUCCACCGCCAAGGAGAAAGGAGGGAGAAAGAAGGAGGAGGACGGAGCGACGGCAUCCACUGUACCACAGGACACGCAGACAGAAAGAACAGAAGAUGAGGAGGAAGCCACUGUGACCCCCAGUACAGAGCCUGGGAUUGUGGGAAAUGACAGCGUGGUGCUCCAGUCCCCAGAAGCCCCUCCAAAGGGUGGGAAAGGCAGCAUGGGGGACAGGAGUCAGUGGCCUUUCUCCUUUCAUACAGAGCGGACUAUAGUCUCCAAUAUGAGGCCAGUUCCCGGUUCAGGCAGGAUGGAGUGGAUCAUUCCUCUAGUAGUGGUGUCUGCUCUCACCUUCCUCUGCCUCAUCCUCCUCCUCGCUGUCCUCGUCUACUGGAGGAUGAACAGAUUGUGUUGUCUCCUGUGUGUGAAGUACAGGAGGUGUUUCCAGACUGCUCAUUUCUAUGUGGAGGACAGCAGCUCUCCACGAGUGGUGCCCAAUGAGAGUAUUCCAGUCAUCCCCAUCCCAGACGACAUGGAGGCCAUCCCCGUCAAACAGUUUAUUAAGCACAUAUCAGAUCUGUAUGCAAACAACCAGCAUGGAUUCUCUGAAGAUUUUGAGGAAGUACAGCGUUGCACGGCCGAUAUGAAGAUCACAUCAGAACAUUCAAAUCAUCCAGACAACAAGCACAAGAACAGAUACAUCAACAUCGUAGCGUAUGAUCACAGUCGAGUGAAGCUGAGGCCAUUAGCCGGCAAGGAUUCCAAACACAGUGACUACAUCAAUGCUAACUAUGUGGACGGUUACAACAAGCCGAAGGCAUACAUUGCUGCUCAGGGUCCCCUCAAGUCCACCUUCGAGGACUUCUGGAGGAUGGUGUGGGAGCAGAACACAGGCAUCAUUGUCAUGAUCACCAACCUGGUGGAGAAAGGACGAAGAAAGUGUGAUCAGUACUGGCCGACAGAGAACAGCGAGGAGUACGGUAACAUCGUGGUGACGCUGAAGAGCAGCAAGGUGCACGCCUGCUACACAAUCCGUCGCUUUACCAUCCGCAACACCAAAGUCAAGAAGGGUCAGAAGGGCAGUGUAAAGAGUCGUCAGAGCGAGAGAACAGUAAUCCAGUAUCACUAUACACAGUGGCCUGACAUGGGCGUUCCUGAGUACACACUGCCUGUGCUCACCUUCGUCAGGAAAUCUUCUGCAGCACAGACGCCCGAGAUGGGCCCCAUGCUUGUCCACUGCAGUGCUGGCGUGGGCAGAACAGGAACCUAUAUCGUGAUUGACAGCAUGCUGCAGCAGAUUAAGGAUAAAGGCUCUGUCAACGUGCUGGGUUUCCUUAAACACAUACGCACACAGAGGAACUACCUGGUUCAAACUGAGGAGCAGUAUGUCUUCAUUCAUGAUGCCUUGUUGGAGGCCAUACAGGGAAAGGAGACAGAGGUUUUGUCCAGCCAGCUGCACAGUUAUGUCAACAGCAUCCUGACCCCUGGCCGGAGCGGCAAAACCCGGCUCGAGAAACAGUUCAAGCUGGUGACUCAGUGUAAUGCCAGAUUUGCAGAGUGUUUCAGCGCACAGAAAGACUGCAACAAGGAAAAGAACCGCAACUCCUCCGUCGUUCCAUCGGAGAGAGCGCGUGUCGGUUUGGCUCCACUUCCUGGAAUGAAAGGCACCGAUUACAUCAAUGCCUCUUACAUCAUGGGUUACUACCGCAGCAACGAGUUCAUCAUUACCCAGCAUCCUCUGCCUCACACCACUAAAGACUUCUGGAGGAUGAUCUGGGACCAUAAUGCGCAAAUCAUCGUCAUGCUUCCCGACAACCAGGGGCUGGCUGAGGAUGAGUUUGUUUACUGGCCGAGUCGAGAGGAAGCCAUGAACUGUGAAGCCUUCACCGUCACGCUCAUUAGCAAGGACAGACUCUGCUUGUCCAACGAGGAGCAGAUCAUCAUUCAUGACUUUAUCCUGGAGGCUACACAGGACGAUUACGUGCUGGAGGUGCGUCAUUUCCAGUGCCCGAAAUGGCCCAACCCGGACGCGCCCAUCAGCAGCACGUUUGAGCUCAUCAACAUCAUUAAGGAAGAGGCCAUGACCAGAGACGGACCCACCAUAGUGCACGACGAGUAUGGAGCGGUAUCAGCGGGUAUGUUCUGUGCCCUCACCACUCUGAGUCAGCAGCUGGAGAACGAGAACGCUGUUGGAGUCUAUCAGGUGGCCAAGAUGAUCAACCUCAUGAGACCUGGUGUCUUCACCGACAUUGAGCAGUACCAGUACCUUUACAAGGCUAUGCUUAGUCUGGUGAGCACUAAAGAGAACGGAGCUGGUCCUGUGUCCAUAGAGCGAAAUGGCAGUAUGGCCCUGUCUGACGAAUCGGACCCUGCCGAGAGCAUGGAGUCUCUCGUCUGAAGCUCACACACACAUACACACACACACACACACACAUACACGCCAGGAGGCGCUUAACUUACUUUGUAAAACUUCAAGGACUAAGACAGACUUUUUUUCUGAGGCCUUUUUUGCCAGAACUCUUGGUUAAACGAAUAACCCAAUUACUUUUUUACACUGAUAAAAAGUUUUUUGAUAUUUAUUUUUUUUUUCGCCAUUUUAUGUCUUAAUGUUAUCCUACUGAACAUUUGCACCUCUGUUUUUGAGUUCACGACAACAAACAAAACACACUUCUGUCUAGUUUGCACUAUGAAAAUAUCAGUGUUACUGCCUACUUCAGUCCUACGCUCUCUACUUUUUAUUAUUUUUUUUUAUUAUUUUCACAACAACCAGGUUUUGACAUUCCAUCAUGAACCUACACUCGACAGCUUGGAAACAAUUGUGAAAAGAUUUAAAGAUUCAAGACUCCCACUCUCAUAUAAAAUCAAAAUCUUAAAAAACAAAAACAGAAGUUCAUUAACAUUCAGAGUCAUCGACAAGCAAUAUUGGAUUUCUGCGCUUAAUUUCAACACCAUAAAGGAUUCCUUUCUUUCUUUCUUUUUUUUUUUUUGCAUUAUGCAUCUAUUAAGCCUGUUAGAUUCAUUAACUUUCUGCAGGUGGUAUUAAAACAGCUACUGUGAACUUUAUUCUUUUUUUUAAUUUUUGAAUGAUUCAUAUUAUGCUUUUAAUAUAUAUAUGAAUAUAUCGUAUCUCAUUAUAACUUGUGGUUUUGUAAAAAUGUUAACUGUCAUAAGCAACUGGUUCCUUGCAGGCUUGGUUCAAUGGUUUUGCCUCAUGCUUUUCAAUAGCAGUCCACGUCCUCUCUAGCACCCCCUGCUGGUUUUCAUUUCUUUACUCUGCAGGCUGCUGCUAAAUGAUCUGAUUUCGCUUGAAUGGGGAAAUCCUAGUCAUUCUCGCUUUACUGUUGGCUAUUUAGUUUAUAAUUUACUCUCCAUUCAGUUCUGCAUACGUGAUUUGCAUCAGUCAGGUCUCGAUGCCUUUUGUAAAGUCUGAUCUCAUCUCUGCAGCUGUGUGAUGUGAGAGUGUGUGUCGUGUGUGGUGCUGAGUCAAUUUACUCGACAUAUAUAUAAAAUAUUCCAGGAGGAAAUGCAAACUGUACACAGUUCAUGUUGCUCACGUCCUGCCUCUGUGUCUCAAACUUCUUUCUUAUCACUUAUUUCAUAAACAUCAUGAAAAUCAAGACCAGGAGUGUGUGUGGACGGUGUGUAUCAUGUCACACAGCAGCACAAUGAUGGCCUUGUUAAUGCACCAGUUACCCAACAGCUGCACGAGGAACAUUUGAUUUGUCAAGUUUUACCAAAGACUUCAACUCAACAUCUCAUUUCCAUAGUAGCAAAUUUGCAAUCUAUUUGUGUCUGUGUCAGAUAUUGCAGAAUGGUGUGUGUGUGUAUGAAUUUCAUGAGGCUGAGGUCCCAGCUUGGUUCAUUUAGCACUUUUCCAAUUUUAUGAAAACGAUCACCAGAGACACAGUAAAAUGCAGAUUUUUUUUUUGUGAAAAUGUUGAAAUAUUUGUGCUUUUGCGAUGACAAGUUCAAGACUUUGAUACCACAUCCUUAAAAGGCACUGACAUUGUUAAUUUUGUGUCCUUUACAAAAAAAAACUGAACUGCAUUCUUGAUGACAUCUUGACUUUGCGUUGUAAUUUUUGUUCGCCCUUUUUCCUGAUGUCCAUCUUCUUGUUCAGCUUGAGUGUCGAGCCUUUGCUUAUAUGCUGCAAUUUAAACAGGAAUUUGUAUCUUUGUCUUAUUAUUUUCUUUGAAUGUACAUAUUUUUGCUUAUCUGUCCAUCAGUUUUCUUUGCAUUAUCCCCUGGUGUAUGUUUAUAGAAUUUUAUUUUCAUAUAAAGCCGUCUCAGAAUCUCAGCUCUCUGUAUGUUUUGUGCAAAAACAAAAAGUGUAAAAAAGAGAGAGAGAGAGAGAGAGAGAGAGAGAGAGAAUAAUCCAGUGGUUCAUUCACCGAGUGACUGACGUCUCAUGCCUCAUAUACCACAAGGCAGUGAUUGUGAUAUUCUCUUAUUAUUUUGUUGAUUGUUUUUCUUUAAAUGGGAUUAUAGGUUGUUUUUUAUUCUGAGGGUGUCAUAGGCAAGCUCCACUGAUUAAGUUUCCCUCAUUCACUUCUGUAAUGCAGGCGGGUGUUGAUCAACAUCAUAUACCCUGUUUUUGGCAUCUGGAAUACCACAAAACGAACGAAAAAAAUGUGUUUUUCUUGUUUUGUUGAAAGCUAUAUCAAAGCAUUCUAUUAUAGUGUUAUUUAAUAUGUAAAUUGUAUUGCUAUACAUAAAAUAAAAUAUGGGUUUUGAUGUACUUUAAGCAUAUCUA